AUGCGUAAUCGCGAGAACCAACGACCAGAACAAUGUCUCGAUGUUGAUCAAUCUUACGAACGGUCAAUCUAUGCAUCAGACCUGAGAUCUCCGCCAUUGUCUCCAACAACCAUUACCAGUUCCCGCUCAACGCCAUUACCAACUGGCAAUGGACGCCUGAGGAAAAGACCACGCGAAUAUCUCGGACACCUUCCAGACCGAAGUACAAGCUACGGCCCUGGAUUCAGUACACCAACAUCACCAACAUCACCAACAUCACCUACAUCGCCAAGCUAUCAUGCAUUUCAACCUGCCGUCUCCUCGCCUCCAUUGAAACCAAUCAACCAUAAAGAACAUGUGUUCUCAGCUAACAAAAAACCAGUUUUGAUUCCGCGAUUUAACAGCAUUGACGAACCUCGAAUGCAUCAGACCUUUCGAUACAAUGCCCAGCCAGGCAACAAACUCAAAUCACACAACGUUGGCUAUGCCGACUAUGGUUCUUCCUAUUCAGACUAUCCUGUGUUUGUAAUUGGAGGCCAUGGUUGUACGCGGCUGGUGGGUGUCAUGUUUGCAGAGUUGGCACAGCGCUAUGGAAUACGCAUGAUAUGGCCCGAGCGACCGGGAUACGGACUCAGUGAUGAAUGCAAUUUACAGCAUAUUAGUGCUCUAGCCUGGGCAGAUGUGAUAAUUCAAUUGGCAGAUUACUUGGGUAUAAAGCAAUUUGGAAUAAUUGGCCAGUCUGUAGGAAGCGUAUUUGCACUUGCAAUUGCACACAAAUAUCCUUCACGCGUAUUUGGCCCAGUAUUUUUGAUAUCUCCCUGGGUGUCAACUCAGGCCGCAAACACAUUUAAAUGGGCCCGGCGCCUACCAGCAGCGAUUGUCACACGUACGGCAUCGCUUGCUAUGGAUGUUAUGUGGAUGUUCAAUAAGGGUUUGAGUGUAUCCAGAGACACAACUCCACGUAGCACAAAUACGACAAGUGCAAACACAAGCUCCAACAAUUCCUUUGAUGAGGGCUUUUGCACUGGAACAGAGGAUUCUCCUCGCACAAGCGAAACUGAUAAACGAGGUUAUGGGUCCAAGAAAGGCAUAGAAUCACCACCGCAAAAAACACAUCAGCAAAAGUUAACGGCACUAGAAGAAGACGAGCUCCUUGCAUCCUUGGAUGAAUGUCUAGAAUUUACCACAGAUUUCCCACCCCACCGACCGCUUAGACACGUUGUACGCCCAAAGCAUGUGUCACUUUACCUUACUAUGAACAAACAACGGACGGCUGAGCCAUACAAUCAAGGUCAAUUAGCAGAUGUGCUGGUCGCUCUGGAAAAAUACAAUCAAUUUGGAUUCAACUACUCAGAUAUCAAGACAAGUGUUUCUGCAGUCUGGGGAGACAAGGAUGGGCUAAUACCUCAGCGAGGUAUCGAUGUGCUCGCAAAUAGUCUUCGUGAUCUUCACUUAAAAAUAUUGGAGGGAGAGGGUCAUGACCUAGUGUGGAAAGAAGGAGUGAUGGAAUGGGCUAUACGAGGGAUAUCCGAGCGACAAUGA